AUGGAAAUUGAAAAGUUGACAGACAAAGAUUGUUUGGUUUGUAAUAAUCCAUCAAAAGGAAUGCAUUUUGGAGCAUUUACUUGUAGAGCAUGUGCUGCUUUUUUCAGGUAACAUAAGAAAUAUUAAAAACAUUUUUAUAUAAUUGAAUAUUUUUAGAAGAGCUACAGUAUUAAAUUUGCAAUUUGAAUGCAUUAAUAAGAAUAAUAAUUGUACUGGAGAUAAAAAACGAAGAUUUAUAUGUAAAUCGUGUCGAUUUUCAAAAUGUCAAAAAAUUGGAAUGACAUCAAAAAGUUGGUUUAUUUGAUUAUUUAUUAAACAAAUUUCAUUUGAAUUUUUUGUAGAAUUUAUAUUAGAUUAUGAUCCAACAACAUCAAUGAAAGAUUUAUUUGAUUAUUAUUUAACAAGUGAUGAAUUAAAUUCAAAUUCUAUGACAAAUUCACCAAAUUGUUUGAUAUCUGAAGAUGAAAAUAAUAUCAAUAAUAAUGAUGAUAUUCUAUUCCAUUUUUCACCGAAAUCUUCGAAAAACCCAAAUGCAAUCAUUGAUUUUUCGGAUUUAACACAAAAAAUCGAAUUAAUAUUUGAUUCAAAUAAAAAUGGAAAAUACGAAAUUUCAAAUUUUCAAAAAAGUUCAGUAAUUGUUGAAAUAAAUCAAAUGGAAAUAUUUGAUAUGGUUAAUUUAUUGAAAAAUGCUAUAAUAAUUAAAUGGGCAAAAUGGAUCAAUUCAUUUUGUUUAUUAAAAACAAUUGGAAAACAACAAAAAAUGCAAUUAUUUCGAAAUUCUUGGAAUAUUCUACAUAUUUUUGAACGAUUACAAAUAACAUCAAAAUAUCAAGAAUUCUACAAAUCAAAUUCUAUUUUAAUUUCUGACAGUUUAUUAUGGAUUUGUGGAAAAAGUCAUUUUAAUGUUUCAAAUAUUUCCGAUAUUACUAAUAGAUAUUUCUCAAAGUGAGUUUGAAUUUUUCAAAAAUUUUGUUAAUUAAUUUUAUAUGAAUUUACAGAUUAUUUGAUCCAUUUCUUCAAAGAUUCAUUGAUGAAAUUGGUCAAAAAUUAUAUGAAAUUAAAAUAGCAGACCAAGAAUUAAAAUUCUGUUUAAUUCAAUUAUUAGGAUAUGAUACAACUGAUUUAACACAAGAAACAAUUGAAAUAAUUGAAAAAUUGAAAGAUGAAAUUGCCGAUGAAAUGCAUUAUUUUUAUUCGAAUUAUUUCAAUUUAACUAAUUAUUCAUGUCGAUUAAUUAGAUUAUUAAAUAUUGUGAAAAAUAUGAAGGUUGGUUAUUGA